UCAUUUGAAAGGAUGUGAUUAUCCGAUCGAAGUGAUGAAACUCCUAUCCAAUGGCAAUCGUCCAUCGUGAUCGCAGGUGGGCCCUACCUACGUAAGCAAGUAACCGCAGAAUCCCUCAAAGGUACUCCUCUCUGGAAGGGAUCGGUCUACAAUGCGCCAGUGCGCAGUGCGCCACUUUGAUGCCACCAAUGCCUUCUUACAUAGAAGAGAAAAUCUCCCGCCUUUUGCAAGAUUGCACCUUCAAACAGCUGAAACAGAUCCAUGCCUUCUCCAUCACAAACUCUCUCAUCCAAACCGUUGAAAUCCCAUCAAAACUUCUCCGACGGAGCACCGAAUUCGGUCGGAUGGAUUACGCCGAACUCGUCUUCUCUGACAUGGAAGGCGGAAAAUACUAUCCUGAGAUCUUCCUUUGGAAUCACAUGAUCAGAGGAUAUGCAUACAAUGGCCCAUAUGAGAAAUGCAUCUACAUGUUUGAGAAAAUGCCCGAAAGAAGGCUCGAACCGAACAGAUACACAUACCCAUAUGUCUUGAAGGCAUGCUUGGAGCUUGGGGACAGAAGAGAAGGGGAGAAGAUACAUUGCCGGGUUUUGAAAGGAGGGCUGGAUUGCGUUUUGGCUGUCAGCGAUACACUUCUGAAUUUCUAUAUAAAGAUGGCAAGUUGCAGUGAUUCUUUUGAGAUGGGUCAUGCGGAAAAUGGAAGAUUGGGUGAUGCGCGGAAGAUUUUUGAUGGGAUGGUCAUGAAACCUGUGGAACUGUGGAAUCGGAUGAUAUCUGAGUAUGUGAAUUUUGGCGAAGUUGAGUCCGGGAGAAGCUUGUUUGAUGAAAUGCCUCAAAGAGAUGUGGUUUCUUGGAAUUCGAUUAUUUCAGGUUACACAAGGGUUGGGGAUGUAAAGGCUGCGGAAUAUUUGUUUAAACAGAUGCCAGAGAGGAAUGUCGUGUCUUGGACAUCAAUGGUUGGAGCAUUUGCAAAUUCUGGCGAUCUCAGAACAGCGAGAGGAUUGUUCAAUGAAAUGCCGGAAAGAAAUACAGUUUCUUGGAAUUCAAUGAUUUCAAAUUACAACCAAUGUGGGGAAUUUCAAGAAGCGUUGGAUCUCUUUGUUCAGAUGCAAUCUGAGGAUGUGAUUUUAGACGGGUUUACAUUUGUUUCUGCUCUGUCAGCUUGUGCCCAUUUGGGAUCUCUUGAACUUGGAAAAUGGAUACAUUUCCAUCUAAUGAAAGAUGGGUUUCAGCUAGGAGUAAUUAUAGGGACUGCUCUCAUAGAAAUGUAUGCCAAGUGUGGAGACGUUGAUAAUGCUUUCAGAGUUUUCAUUAAGAUGGUUGAGAAAGAUGUCUUCUGUUGGAAUGUGAUGAUCAAAUCACUGGCAAUCCAUGGAAGGAUCAAAGAUGCAAUCAAAAUUUUCUCAAUGAUACAAAGGGAAGGAUUUACACCAAAUAGUUUCACGUUUACCAGCAGUUUGUUCGCUUGCAAUCAUGGUGGUUUGGUUGAAGAAGGCCAACGGAUUUUUGAAAGUAUGAAGAGAGAUUUCGGGAUGGAUCCAAAGAUUGAGCAUUAUGGGUGUUUGAUUGAUUUGCUUGGCCGAAAUGGUAGGCUCGAGGAAGCACAUUUGCUAGCUAGAGAGAUGCCUUUUGAACCUGAUGUUACUAUUUGGGGGGCUUUGCUUGGAGGCUGCAGAGUGAGAAGUGACAUUGAAUUGGCUGAGAAAGUGAUGGAGAGGAUUGUAGAGUUGAGAAGCAAUGAAUCAGGUGUUUAUGUGCUUCUGUCAAACAUUUAUGCCUUGGAAGGCCAAUGGCCGGAGGCUCUACGGGCAAGAGAGAAGAUGGAAGAGAGGAAGAUUUGGAAGAAGGCCGGAUCUAGCAGUGUUCUUGAGGUGGUUGAUGUUGGAGUUUAAGAACUUUUUCUUGGCAAGAUAGAAAUGUAGUCAUAUACAAACACAAACGCCCUUUCAUUUCCCAAACAGAAAACAACCUACCAAAUGGGCAUCAUUUGCCAUUUCAACAAACUUCAAGCAUUGUAGAUUGCACCUCGAAGGCCCUUCGCCGCUCCAAAGGCCGUAGUUCAAAAACUUGAAAACUUGAUUUGAUUCGAUGUUUAGCCAGGUCAGGUUGACUUGAAGAUUCAGUGGAGUAUUUAAGCAGUGCUUGGUGUGCUGGCCACCGACGUUGGUGCUCUAAGGAGAUUGUGUGUUUGAA